AAAUGAUACUCUUUUUAUUUUACUUUUUUAUAACUGGAUUAGGGAUAAAAACAAUUAAUUUUAAUGAGGAUUAUUUGAAUGGAGAAGAAUUAUUUGAAUUAGAAGAUUCUGAUUAUUUUGUAAUUUAAGAGAUAGAGAAUGGAACUAUGUUUUUUUAAGUAACAUCAACUGACACUUAGAAAUAUAUAUAGAUAGAGUAAUAUUAAAUUAGAUAAAAGGUUGAUAUUUUUAGCUCCAGGGGAUGGGAAAGUUAAUUUGUCUUUUACCAUAAGUAAAAACAGUCUUCCUUCAUUGAAAGACAAUAAAACAAUCUCAUCAACAUAUGCUGAUGUAAAUGGUUAUUAUCUUCGGAAGAGUUAUCAAAACAUUGUGAUACCAGCAAAUUCAUUUAGAUCAGGUGAUUAAUUUUAUAUAACUAAUUUAAAAAGGGAAAAAGAUUAAACAUAUUAAUAUAAUAUUAGAAUAAAGAAGAGUGAUAGUACUCCAUGUCCUAAUGAUUGUACUUCAGCUUCUUACGGAUUUUGUAAUUUAGGUACAUGUGCGUGUGAACCAAAUAGAGUUGAUAUGGAUUGUUCUAAGAAAGCAACACCAUUAAUGAUAGAUAAAAGAAUGGAUAAUAUUACAGUUAGUGGAAUAGAGUAUUUUUAUUUUGAAUAGAUAACAUAAUUAGAAACAAUUUUAUUAGAUGUUGGAAUUUCUAAUAUCUUAAUUGCAGAAUAUUCUUCAAUCUUUGUUUAUUUUAUGUUUGAAAACUUUAAAUAUGGGGUACCAACUCCAUAUUAUAAUAAUUAUUCUUUUACUUUUAGUCCAGACUCAAAAACUAAAUCAUUAAUUAUAGAUGUUUCAGGUUUAAAUAGUAAUCCAGAUUUAAAUAGGUAAUUAAAUGUAAUUAUAUUAGAUUUAAUCGUCUUAUAUUAUCUAUUGUCGUACCUGAUACAUGUUAAUUUUAUUUUAAUAUAAGUAUUCCUUCAGAAGAUUCAGAAGUUAAUACAAAUUUGAUGCUUAUUUAUUUUUUGGUUUCUCUAGCUGUUGUUUUAGUGUUAACAUGGAUUAUCGUAACAUUAAUUAGAUAUAGAUAAAGAAAUAGAGUUUAAAAUGAAAUUCAAUUCAAUUAAUAAUAAUCAAAUUAAUAAUAAAGAAGAGGUUAAAAAAGUGGUAUCAGUGUAUAAUAAUUGGAUCAUUUUAUGCAAAAGACUUUAUGGAAAAAUUUAGAUUAAAAUCAAAGAAUUAAAGAAAGGAAAAUGGAUCAUCGAUAAUUCGAAGCUUGUACUGUUUGCUUAAUCGAAUAUGAUAAAGAUUCAAUAUGUAGAGUAACUCCAUGUGUUCAUGUAUUUCAUUCAGAUUGCUUAUAAUAAUGGAUGGUAGAAAAAAAACAUGAAACAUGUCCUAUGUGUAGAGAAGAAUUGAAUGAACAAGCAUUAGAGAAAUUUGCAGAAUAAGAGAAAAAUAAUCAUCGAAAAGAAAACUCAGCAUUAAAAAAAAUUGAAAUUAAAAAUAGACCUGAAAAUACCUUAAUGGUUAUCUAAUAAUAAAGAUCUAGUCAGCAAUUUUCUUGA